AUGUCUACUACCGUUAAUGGUAGUAAUAAAUGGGACACCUCACGGUUUGCUGAACAUAAUAAGGGUCGAGCUAUCCGUACAUCUCAAUUAACACAAGCACAUUCUCACACAUCAAAUGCUCGAGACGCACCAAGAGAUCGGAAUUCUAAUCGAGUGUUAUCCCUUUACGUCAAAGUUAGUAAUAAGCAAAUGGAUCAUCGAGCACUAUUAAGCGCGUUUAGUCAUUUCGGGCCUGUAAAAAAUCUUGAUGUUGUGCCCGUUAAAUCAUGUGCUUUUGUGGAAUUUUAUUCCCAAGAUAUUUAUCGGCAAGUACUCCAGCAAAGAGAGAUUUUUGUUCCCGGUUUUGGAGAUGAAACUGUUGUAGUCGAAGAACGACAAGAACGUCGCAGGGACAAUAAUAACCGAUAUCGCAAUCGGCAGAGCGAUGACAAUUAUCAACGUAAUUAUAGUCAAGCUCUAUACAAUACACAUAACGGAAUGAAUUCACAACGUAGAGGUGGAUCUCCAGAUUAUCGAUUUGAAAGAAACCCCAAUUUUACCCUUUAUGUUAAAGUUGGUAGGGAGCGAAUGGAUCGCGACGCACUAUGGAGCGCGUUUAGUUACUUCGGACCUGUAAAAAAUCUCGAUGUUGUGCCUGCUAAGUCAUGUGCUUUUGUGGAAUUCUAUUCUCAAGAUGCUUAUCAACAAGCACUUUAUCAAAGACAAAUUUCUGUUCCUGGUUUUGGAAAUCAAACUGUUGUAGUUGAAGAACGACGAGAACGGCGCAAGGACGAUAAUAACCGAUAUCGCAAUCGGCAAAGACAGUGGUGA